AUGUCCGAAGAAAACAGAAUUGUUACCAACCUAGAGAAGUUCAAUGAUAAUGUGAAGAGGACCAGUCAGCGACUAUCUAACAGAGCGGGAUCAGCACCUUUAGAAGACAGACCUUUUACAUCUGGCACAACCAUUGAGACCAAUAAAGGCACCGACACCACCAACAGCGCUAGAGGUGCUCCGUCAAGAGGCAGGGGUAGAACCCGGGGGAAAAAAUUGACAGCUGUCAAUACCAGAGCUAGUGCCGCUGCUCAAACCCUCGCCACCGAAGCUGCAGCUGCAGCUGCCGCCACUGCCUCAGCUAACACAGACACAUUGACCUCUGAUGCUUCUGCCAACCCAACCAGGAAUGUUGUGAAUCCUACCAAUAAGGAAAACCCAGCUUUGAAUACCAAUCCAGAUGAGGAUCUGAGUAACAGCAUAGGAGAUACCUCGGGACCUACAGGUCAAAUUGAACGAGACGAGACUACUGAAAAUUUGACUUCUACACAAUCCCCCGCACGUCAAAGCACCAUUACCAGAGCAGUCACCGUUAACACCUCCGGCAACGUGAACUCAGUCACUAAAUGCACGUCAGUCCCAACUGCAAAGCCUGUGCAGAAGAACAAAAACAUUGGUUUUGUUGAUCUCUCGAAUAUCGACAACGCAGAGAGUGACGGGGCCAAAAACUCUAGGGCGGCCGAGACUACUAAAGGACCUGAACCUACUACCGCAGACAAGGAUGGUAAAGCUGAGGUUGAUGACAAAGGAAUUGAUUCAAACGGUUUAGUCUCUCUGUUGGACUACUUUGACAAGAAAAUGAAAGGCCCCAAGGGCUAUAUACCUCCAAGCGUCUUCAACACUCAAUGGCUGAAACAAGACCUCAUCCAACAAAGCUUUUUAACAACCUGCACUUUGAAAAUGUCCCUUUCGGUACUGGUUUAUACAAUGUCAGCAAUCACGGACCUAGCAAACCAAACGCCAGGUCGUGGGCUCACACCAACCAACCGAUUUACAAUGGACCAGGUGGCUCACCCCACACCUAUUGGGAGGAUCGUUGAACCGGUGGAAGAAAUGUUUGAGGUAGAGGUCGCGGGGGUGGAUGGCACAAUAAUUUGA